AUGGCAAAGAAUGACCCGAGCGAUCCUCCCCCUCCCUACUACAGUGUUGCAGUACACACUCAGCCCCCCCUUAAACCCUACGAGGAGGUUGUGUAUGGGCAGGCCUAUGGAGUUGGGCCGGGGGGGCUACCAUACUACAUCCCCCAACCUCCUCCACCCGUUUCCCCGCCUGUAGUCACCCAGCGGGACAUCCCACCCCCUAGUGGUAAGAGAAGGCAGUGCUGUGAGCGGCGUGGACAGUGUUAUGGAGCAUUAGGAGCAACUGUUAUCCUACUGGGCUUCUUUGCGGUCGCCAUCUGGCUAGGAGUCCAUUAUGGGAUCGGGCGGGCCAACACGGUGAUCAUUGAGCACGGUGAAACGGAGGGGGAGGAGCCAGAGGACGAGAAGCAGUGGAGCAUGACGACGCCUGACACCUGUUCCAACUCCAGUGUGCAGUGUGACGCACUCCGCGACUGCCAACAGGCCAGCGACGAGACCAACUGUGUAAGGUUUGGACUGGACGGAGUUCUGCAGAUCAGAACCUCCAAGGAUGGACGUUUCCUUCCAGUAUGUUAUCAGGGCUGGGACCAGAGCUACGCAGACCAGACCUGUGCUCAGCUGGGCUUCAGAAAAUCAUACCAGUCCAGUGAGCUACAGAGUGAACCGUCCACUGCCCUGACCCUAAGGCCCAGGGCAGCUCUGCCCAUCCAGGGUCUGGUCAACGUCAGCACGUCCUGUCCCAACCAAAAGACUGUCUCCCUGCAGUGUGUAGACUGUGGAAAACAGCAGUCCACCUCCAGGAUCAUAGGGGGCGCCACCGCAAAACUGGGACAGUGGCCUUGGCAGCUCAGCCUGCACUUCAGCGGUUCGCACGUCUGCGGGGGGUCUCUCAUCUCGCCGGACUUUGUUGUGACGGCCGCCCACUGUUUUCCUAGCACAACACCGUCUUCCAGGGACCCCAGAAACUGGCAGGUGUACGGGGGGGCAGUGUCCCAGAAUAACCUCCAGAAUCCGUAUUCUGUGCAAAAAAUCAUUGUGAAUGAAAACUACAACAGAUUCACUAACGACUAUGACAUCGCUCUGAUGAAACUCACCCGCCCUGUGGAAUUCUCAAAUGCUGUACAGCCAGCCUGCCUGCCUGCUUACGACCAGAACUUUGCUCACGGUACAGAGUGCUGGACGUCUGGUUUCGGGACUACAGAGGAAGGAGCAGCCCGUGGCUCCACAGAGCUGAAAGAAGUGUCCGUCAACAUCAUCGACGUGCGCGUGUGUAACAGCAGCAACGUGUACCGAGGCAGCGUCUCCAAGAACAUGAUUUGUGCAGGAGAUCUGGAGGGAGGCAGAGAUUCAUGUCAGGGGGACAGUGGUGGUCCUUUGGUGUGUGAGGGAGAUAACGAGCGCUGGUAUCUGACAGGAGUGACAAGCUGGGGAGCUGGAUGUGGGCGUGCCAACAAGCCUGGCGUCUAUACCAAAGUCUCCAGCGUAUUACCAUGGAUCUACAGCAAGAUGCAGUGUGGUGUCACCUCGCCCUUCCUUGAGAACUCUGGGAAAACGGGGCCUCGCCUGGACCACGACGUCUGCAAAAACAGAAAUGGAGAAACCGAGAGACUUUCGGGUGAUCGUUGGCCCACACAUGGGAAAGAGGAGCCUGUAAAUCCAUUUGAAUAUGACUAUGAGAGUCUGAGGAUUGGUGGUCUGGCCUUUGCUGUUGUGCUUUUUGCACUGGGCGUUCUCCUCAUCCUGACUUUUACCUGUAGAGGAGGAGUCAUUAACUGGAUUGAAAAUGUGUAUGGAUUACGCUACCAAAUGGCUCCAGGAGAUGAGGAGGCUCAGGCGGAAAACCUCAUUGUGUCUAAGGGUGAGAAGAGAGCUAGUCUGACCACUUAG